UCUCUCUUCUCUCCCCUCCCUCCCCCUUCCUUCGUCCUCCGUUCGUCGUCGUCGUACGUUCAUCAACAUGGCUGCUGUUGCGGACGAAGUUAAAAAAGUUGAGGCUGAGGCCUUUAAAGAUGACGGUAAAGACGAGAUUGAAGAUGUUGAACAAACUGGUGAAACAGACCAGAAAAAGAAGAGGAAGAAAAAGAAGAAGAAACCUGCUGGUGAAGAGAAUUCUGCAGAAUCAAAUGCAUUGACUGAGAAGCUAGCUGCUGUUGAAUUAAAUGGCCAACAAAAUGGCGAAGCCAAUGACACCACUGGUGGGGAGGAAGCAAAAAAGAAGAAUAACAAGAGAAAGAAAGGGAAGGGCAAGACUAAUGGCCAGACAGAUCCUCCCUCUAUUCCAAUUUGUGAACUAUUCUCAGACGGUGUGUAUCCUAUUGGUCAAAUUAUGGAUUACCCACCUGUGAAUGACUCCAGAUCUGCAAAGGACAGGUUUACAAGUGAGGAAAAGCGGGCCCUUGAUCGUGCUGAAAAUGAUAUUUACAAUGAAGUGCGGCUUGCUGCAGAAGCACAUCGUCAAACACGCAGACACAUGCAGCAGUGGAUAAAGCCAGGCAUGACAAUGAUUCAAAUCUGUGAAGAAUUGGAAAGCACUGCAAGAAAGCUUAUCAAGGAGGAUGGGUUGAAAGCUGGACUUGCUUUCCCUACUGGCUGCUCACGAAACCAUUGUGCUGCUCACUACACUCCUAAUGCUGGAGACACUACUGUCCUAGAGUAUGAUGAUGUUACCAAAAUUGAUUUUGGUACUCACAUUAAUGGACGUAUUAUCGACUGUGCAUUCACUCUUUCAUUCAAUCCUAAGUAUGAUAAACUUAUUGAAGCUGUUCGUGAUGCCACGAACACUGGGAUCAAGGCUGCUGGAAUUGAUGUUCCUCUAUGUGAAAUUGGAGCUGCUAUCCAAGAAGUUAUGGAAUCAUACGAAGUAGAGCUAGAUGGAAAAACUUAUCAAGUUAAAUCCAUUCGAAAUUUGAAUGGUCACUCAAUUUCUCCUUAUCGUAUCCAUGCUGGUAAAACUGUCCCUAUUGUGAAAGGCGGUGAGGCGACUGUUAUGGAAGAAAAUGAGUACUACGCUAUUGAAACUUUUGGCUCUACUGGACGUGGCCAAGUACAUGACGAUAUGGAGUGCUCUCACUAUAUGAAAAACUUUGAUGCAGGAUAUGUUCCUCUUAGGCUUCAGACAUCUAAAUCACUUCUUAACACCAUCAAUAAGAAUUUCUCAACUUUGGCCUUCUGUAAGCGGUGGUUGGAUCGGUUGGGCUGCACCAAGUACCAGAUGGCUCUGAAGGACUUGUGUGAUAAAGGUGCUGUUGAUGCUUAUCCACCUCUCUGUGAUGUCAAGGGAUGCUACACUGCUCAAUUUGAACAUACAAUUAUGUUACGCCCUACCUGCAAGGAGGUUGUCAGUCGUGGUGAUGAUUAUUAAGUAUUUUUCCAUCAUUCUUUUGAUUCUAUCAACUGAUGUAAGCGUAUUUUUGAUUCUGGCCCUUCUUAGGAUCUCCAGAGUAUCAUUUUGGGUGCAUACCUUGUUGAAUACAUUUAAUUGUGUUACCUUGCCAACAGACAUUUCUGGUGAAGUUUUCACCAGAAAUAAAUCAUUGUUGCACAGUGUUUGAGUGAUUUGAAAUGUGAUGUCCUCAGCCCAUCCAUUGAACUUCAUACUUCACAGAACCUUUCUUAAUUCAAUUCCUUUUAAGGAUAUGUAACUGCUAUUGAUUAAAAAAAAAAUAUACAAUUUUAUAUCUGUUCUGUAUGAAGUUUGCUCAUAUUUGUGCCAUGUUUUAAAGAUGGUUGAAUACCCUACCCCAUAAUCCAUGCAUUUAAUUAAUUGUUUCAGUGCUGGCUUCAAUCAGCAAUUGAGUACAAAAGUAAUAUUAAAACAAUUUGAACAAUGUAUUGGAGCCAUAAAAUUGCGUUCUUCUCCUCUUGAAAUUUCUCCAUUUAGACUAUUUGGAAUGGUUGGGAUUGUCCCUUCCACAGUGAAGUGAGGUGUUACUUACUUAAGUCUGUGAUGUCUCAAUGGGUGAAGUCAUUUUCCCUCCAGGAUUAAGGGUCCGUGAGAGGCACCACCCGUGUAUGGCUCUCUGAGACCCCUGCUCUGGGUGCAAUUUAUUAAUGUAAUGUACCUUUUCCUCCGUGAUCCUGUCUUUCUUAUGUUCUGAGUGGUUCUAAUUAUCAUGUGUACCAUUUGAAUAAAAAUGUGUGAAACCA